UCAGCUGUCCCACGUAGGCGGACGCUCCUAUUGGAUAUACACGCGGAAGUGAAGAGGAAAACACUUGCUAACAACAACAACAGGGAGCUCUCACUGUCAUUGAUGUAUUUUUGUCUCCUGGAGGGUUUUUAAACAGACAUGGCUUUACCGGCUCAGCUCAAAGCCAUCCAGCACCACCUGCGGACCGCACAGGAACAUGAGAAACGGGACCCGGUCGUGUCUUACUACUGUCGGCUCUAUGCUAUGCAGACAGGCAUGAAGCUGGACAGUAAAACACCAGAGUGCCGAAAGUUCCUGGUCAAACUCAUGGACCAGCUGGAGUUGAUGAAGAAGGAGCUGAGUGACAAUGACUCCAUCACUCAGGAGGUGGUUGGUAACGCCCACAUUGAAAACUACGCCUUAAAGAUGUUCCUCUACGCUGACAACGAGGACCGAUCAGGGCGAUUCCACAAGAACAUGAUCAAGUCUUUCUACUCAGCCAGUCUGCUGCUGGAUGUCUUGUCUGUGUUCGGGGAGUUGUCAGAGGAGAACAUCCAGCACAGGAAGUACGCCCGCUGGAAGGCCACCUACAUCCACAACUGUCUGAAGAAUGGAGAGACGCCUCAGUCCGGGCCCAUUGGCAUGGACGAGGACGGGGAAGCAGAUGAGUAUGGAGCUGAAGGUUGGUCAGGCCAAGGUUUCUCCCACGGGGGUUCCUUCAGGGCAGGGCCUCCUUCCGAGUCUUUCAAGGACCAGAAUUUGAGACCGGGUCCUGCCCCAGGGAUCGGCUUUACUCCCAGUCCAGGAUUGGGGCCAUCAGCUCCCACCACCAACUUUAACAACAUCCACAUCCCACCAGGGGCCCAUGCACCAGCCAACACUCCAGCUGAGCUGCCUCCACCCACAGCAGAAGCAGUUAAACCAGUGCCUGUUCCCCGGUCAGUGCCCUCUGUUGACCCCACACUGCUCAACGCCCAGCAGCAGGGCGGCGUUAAUCUCUCCCAGGAGGACUUCACCAAGGCCCAGAAGUACUGCAAGUACGCCGGCAGCGCCCUGCAGUACGAGGACGUCGGCACGGCCAUCCAGAACCUCCAGAAAGCCCUGAAGCUCCUCACCACAGGCAAAGAAUGAAGCCUUUGUCCUCCGAUCUGAUCCCUCCAUCCCUCCUGCCUUCCAUCCCCCUCUUUUCUCCCCAGCAGCGCCGCUCUAUCUGUCACUGAUCUGGCCCACAGCGAGCUGAGGACGCAGCUCAACGCCUGUUACUGCGCGCACACACACACACACACACACACACACACACACACACACACACUCUGAGGCCGUCCUGUGAAGAGAGCCGUUCAGCUCGCCGUCAGAGGACAUGAUGGAAAUCAGUCUGCAACAAUGGCCGACUGUGCCGCACUGACUGACUGACUGACUGCUGAACACGUCGACGCGAUGACUCAUGUUUAAUUAUUAGAGCAGAUCAAAGCUUCAUUAUUGACCGCUAUUGGCUUAUUACAGAUUCAUCAGCAUUGUCACAGACAGUUAUGACUCUGAGUUGCAGCUCACACAUCGGUAGUUUGACAGAAACACAGCUCAAGGUCCACUUACUGGCUUUUAAUGGAGCACCUGUGCUCAGAGUCCAAGUCCAAGCCAGUUAUUGAUGGAACACAUUUCAUGCACAGUGGCAGUUCAGAGAGAUUUACAAAUUGCAUAAAAUAAAUAAGACAGGAUCAAAACAAAACAACAGUAGUAAAGCUCUGAAAAGCCAGUAAGUGGACCUUUAGUUAAGCUUUCUUUGUCAAACUUCUGUUUCCAAGAUCAAGAAAGAACUUUUAUAGUCAAACAACUCAAACUAAAAUCCUGGACAUCCUUCCCCGAGUCCAGCCCGUCUUUUUGGAUUAGUGUUGAUUUAUUUAUUAGUAUCAAUUUAUUGAGGGAAAUCAACAAACGCUAUUGAUUUGUACCUGGAUUUCUGUCAUCAGUGUCCCUCAUGUUUCUGUUAUAUGCAGCGUGUUAUGUUGUAUUCGGUGUGUUCGCCAGUAUGAGGAAAAACAUUAAAAACCUCAUUCAGAAAAGAACUCGAGGUCGUUAGGAAAGAAGAGAAUUCCCGUUAUAAGGACCACGUGUAAAUCAAUAAAUAAAUGUCAGGAGGGAACAGUCUGGGUGAUAUCUUCUAUCACACUGUAUGUAAGUAAUUAUUACGAUAUUAUUGACAUUACUGAAAAAUAAUUAAGUUGUGAAACUGGAUCAAAUAACCAGUUGGGACUGUUUCAUUAGACACAUCGCAGUCCCACUCAGAUACUGAAGGGAUUAAUACCUUUAAGAUCUUACAUCACACGUUUGCAUACAUUGUCUAACGGUAUGAAUCAUCACAUAUAUCUUUCUGAAAUGAUAGAAUGGGCCCCAAAACUUCGACAUCCAUUUGGCUCAGAAUUGUCCCCGUGGCUCUAGCUUCAAAUAUGAGCUUGACGUCAUCAGACUCUCUGCAAGAAUAGUUUCUGAGAAUGUCGAACGAUUCCUGUAAAAGCACGAAUACUAGCUAACUAGAUCACUAAAAGCCAACCGACGCACUGACUAACGUUUGCUAAAGAUUAAACACUCACUGACUAACCGAACAGGCGGACUCGUGGAGUAUUUAAAUCGUUUGCAUGCGGUGAAUAUACAGAACCUGACCGGUGACCGGGGCGUCCAGAAGACUUUCAGCCGGUUUCUUCAGAUUCCAGCUGCGUUAGCUGAGACUGCAGCGACAUCUUCAUCCAAAAUAAUCUUAAAGGAAAAACUGAUCACAGAAAAGCUUUUUCAGAAUGUAUUUGAUCAUCUGCAUUUGGAUUACACUCUUUUCGUCAUCGCUCAUCACAAUUAAUGUAACUACACGUUUGCGGAAACUGUCCCGUUGUGUCAGUCUUUGUUCCAAAGCUCAGACAAUAAAGAAAUGAACGUGGAGGAAAGAAACUUUCCAACCCAGUAAAUCAGAGUAAAUAAAGCUGCUGUUGGGGUGUGGGAGGGUCAGCAGGGGGCGCUAAUUCACAGAGCAGUCCUCUGACUUUUUGUUUCCUGGAGACCUGGAGGUUUUCGCCCUGAAAUAUUUUGCUUUUCACGUGUGGACAUGUCUCUUCCUCUGUAUAUGGUGAUUAUUUCUGAGGUUGGGCUGAGAUUUCUUUUCUGCUUGUUAUUUAACGUUUAACUUUCUCCCAACUUGUUUUAGUGGGACUUUAAAGGUUUUCACAAAGUUGCACAGAGCAACAAGAUCUCGCCAUCAGUCAGAAUCAGAGUGAUUCAAGUCAAUAUGAAUAAAAUAUUUGAAAUGCUGGUAUAUUGACUACUCUGUGUUUUUGGUGUUUGGGCUGCACUCACUCUACGUGAUAUCUUUAAUAUCUGAAAUAUUAAGUGGCAUGUUUGUUUUCUCUCUCUCUCUCUUUAGAAACUUUGGCCGGUUGUCCCCCAUAAAAUCAGUUUUAGAUAUUAGAAGCUACAAAAUGUACUGUUGGCUGCUAUCUAGUAAAUGUGCAUUGCAAAGUAAUGUCUGUACACUCUGCAAACACCACUCUGUAUUGUUCUGAUAUCUGAAACGUUAGCAAGGAUCGGUGGGCUGGUUUGCUGUUUGAAGGCCAGCAGAGUGACGAGUCUGUUGGUCGAUAAGCGAUCUAGCCUUCGCCGGCUGUGCACGUGAUUUCUCAGCCCUUGUAGGCUGCAUUAAUAAGAAUAUUAUACUUCCACGGUAGCUUGUAGCUAGCAGUCAGGUACUGACAACAGCUAAUGCUAGCAGAGUCUCUGUUAUGCGACAGGACUUCACUUCAGGAGCAGCGGCUCGUCCUGCCAUUCUGAAAGUAUAGCGUUAGCUAACAUUAGCUCAGCAGGAUCAUUAAAGCUGAUAUAUAGAUACAUGUAUGACUCGCCAGCACAGCUACAUAGCAGUCAUUACUAAAUAUGAUAAGAAAAUUAACCAAGUCAUUUGAAGUAUCGGUGAUGCAGCUGUUCUCACUAACUGCUCUGGUUUUCUAGAUUAAGACAUUUCAUGUUCUUUGAAUUUGACUCUGUGCAAAACACUGAUUUAAAAUAUUUGUUAGUGGAAUAAACCUGGUGAAACAAAGAA